AUGAGCAGCUUUAUCACCUCACUUCUAACUGAGCUCGGGUUCCGCACACGCCUUCCCCGCACCCUCCAACCUCGACCCGAAGCGGAGGCCUCAUCGAACGGACAGACGUACGCGCCUUCGAACCAAACCGGUGAUUCCUCGAGUCUUGAGAUUGGCAAAGAUCUUGGGGUAAUAGAUCAGACCAGCGGAGAUGCAGGAAAUUUGCCUGCGCCUCCCUUCUUUACAACCUUACCGAAAGAGAUGGAUGGCCGAAUCCCAGAGCCGGAGGGCAGUCGACUAGCGCCUCAUCAUGCUCAAAUUGCCGACAACCAACCCAUACCGGUGACCAACACCCACCCGAAUGGCCCUAUCACGCGAAAUGAUAGCUCCGUACUUUCAGCGGCCUUGGAGGGACAGAGACCCGAGCAGGGUGGGACAUUGGGGCAACAGGCGCCGCCAUUGGGCACAGAUAUGGGUCUGAGACAGGACGGCGUCGGGCAAUCACCAACCGGUGCAUUGAAUAUUGAUGAACUCGGCCAAAAGUCACUGCCAGCGGAUGAUGGAAUGGGUUGGCUAAGGAAGAAGAUCCACGCUAUUCGGGAUCUGGACCUCAACAAUAACGAGAAGGCCCGCAUGGUCCACGAGUUGAUGACAGAGAGCUACAAUUCUUCUCGAACCUUACCACCAGUCUCUCCCUCAAUGCUUUCGCCAAUGCUGAGCUCCCCGGGUGUAGGCCAUCCCGUUAGUUCUCCCACUUCGGAGAUGAGACAACUUUCAGAUCCAACACCGACGAGCCCCACAUUUCCAACGUCGAUCCCCCAAUAUGAAACUCAGUUCUCACUUACCCCCGAUGACUUACGACCAACAUACGUUCCAAAAGUUGAGCCCGAAUCGCCAGUAGCUGAAGCUGUUGAUGCUGCCGACGAGGAUCCGGAUACGGAAGAAUGCGACGAAGCGAUCUUAGGUUGCCAGCACUAUCAUCGAAAUGUCAAGUUGCAGUGCCAUACUUGCAAAAAAUGGUACACCUGCCGAUUCUGUCACGACGCUGUCGAAGAUCAUCCUCUAAUUCGCCGAGACACUGAGAAUAUGCUAUGUAUGAUGUGUGGACAUGCUCAGCCUGCGGCACAGAACUGCAGACAGUGCGACGAGCAGACUGCCCAGUACUACUGCGAUAUUUGUAAGCUCUGGGACAAUGACAGCAAGAAGAGCAUAUAUCACUGUUACGACUGUGGGAUUUGUCGAAUUGGUCAGGGACUCGGAAAGGAUUUCUUCCACUGCAAGACAUGCUCCGUUUGCUUGCCUAUCUCAAUCGAAGACACUCAUAGAUGCAUUGAAAGAUCAACCCAGUGCGAUUGUCCCAUUUGCGGAGAUUACAUGUUCACCUCUCCAGAAACCGUGGUCGUGAUGCGAUGUGGACAUAGUCUUCAUCACAAGUGUCUCUCGGAGUAUUCAAAAACAUCGUUCCGCUGUCCAAUCUGCAGCAAGACUAUAACGAACAUGGAGUCGACCUUCAGAAAUCUGGAUCGCACGAUCGAGAGCCAACCGAUGCCCGCUGCAUUUAAGGACACGAAAGGUCUCAUAUAUUGUAAUGAUUGUGGGGCCAAAUCCGUCGUCAAGUACCACUGGUUGGGCUUGAAAUGUGACCUGUGUGAAUCAUAUAAUACCGCGCAACUUCGGGUUCUGCAAGGGGGAGACAUUACUGAAGUGCUCGAGGAGGAAGGCGUCGGAGAACUCGCGUCUCGCCCGCGCUCAGCAUCUUUAAACCCGGACGGGGAACCUGCAACCUCAUUGGCAGCGUUGCAUCUUAACACAAAUCCUGCUUCUUCACGCUUGAGCGUUCCGUUAUCUGUCGGCGCUGGCGAUGACAGGCGGUUUGUCUCUUAUAAUAUGACUCAUGGGCGUGCCAUUUCGCCGGUGGUUAGCAAUUACUUUGGUUUACCCACUGAGCGUGAGUCGGAGAAGCCGUCCUCGUUGCCUUUCUUCGGUGGCGCAUCCCGCACUGAAGGUGAAACGGAGUACGGCGCAUUGAAUUUCCUGAGCAAAAAGCUUCGUGAUCGAUAUGGAUUCCUGGCAGGUGAUGCGACAACCGCCGAGGCCGCCUCAUCAGCAAUUGAUGAGGAUGAGGAUGACGAAGAAGACGAUGACGUGGAGUCUUCAGACUCUUCAGACACAGAUGAAGAAGAGAAUGACGAGGAUGACGAUGACGACGGAGGGGAAUAUAUCGACCUUUUUGGCCAUCGAUGA